AUGCCCUCUUCCCCGCCGGGCGAGGCCACCCUGGAGCAGGACAGCUCGGAGUUGGCGCGCCCCGAGCCGGGCGGCGAUAUGGCGGGGGCCCCGGGACCCCCGGGACACUGUCCCCCCGCUGGGAGCACUGGGAGCGGCUCCCCGGCCCCCGGGCGCCGUUCCUCCCCAACCCCGGAGGAGCCCCUCCUGGAGACCCCGAUCGAGCGCGAGAUACGCCUGGGCUGCCAGCGCGAGGAGAGCCUGCGACGGAGCCGGGGCCUGAGCCCGCGCCGCGCGGGAGGCGAACUCGUGGAGCUGCGCGUACGGCCGCUGCUCAGCCGGCCCGACCCGGGCCCCACGCGCCCGCGCGCCCUGGAGCGCGCCCGGGCCGGCGCGCAGAUGCAGCGGGACAUCGAGCGCGAGGCGCACCGGCAGGCGGAGCUCGCGAGCCCCGUGGGUCCCGUGGGCCCGGCCCCACCGCGCGCCCCGCAGCCGCUCGGAGAACUUCGGCGCUUCUUCGAGGCCGGGGGCGCUUCGGGCCCGCCGCGGGGAUCCGGGCCCGGCGGCCGCUGCCCGGUGUUGGCGCGCGCCCCGCCGCCCGUGGCGCCGUCGCAGCUGCUGCUGCAGGAGGUGCGGGAGGCGCAGGACCGCGAGCGGGAGCUGCGGCGACAGCGCCGCUGCGUCUACGGCCCCGCCGGGGUGCCCGAACCGGAGAUGGAGCCGGAGCCGGCGCGCACUCUCGCGCCCAGCCGGGGUGACGGCAAAUUGGCGGUGAUCUGGCCUCCCCGCAGGAAGAACCCCGAGAACGCCCUGGAACAGGACGAGCGGAAACCUUGAGGCUGACGCGGACCAGGGUGGGGGGAUCCCCUCCCCACAUGCUAUGCAAGGCCGCAAGAGGAGGGUCUCACCCCAAUGGAGAGGAAAUUCACCCGCUUGGAACCAACGCGCGCCCGCCCCCAACUCACACGCACGCACCCCUGCGCGCCACCUGCAAACCGAGUCGCCUCUGCAAGAAAGCCGGGGCCCCGCCCCAAAUAAAAUAACCCCCCUUUUUUC